GCUUUGGCGGGAAAAUUGACCUGCGUUGGGUGUGGUUUUGGUUUAUAUUAAUUACCCUCGACUAAGUCAACUUUAAGAAGCUCAGCACUGUUGAAAGUGAUGUGUGGUAUAUUUGGUUAUCUGAAUCACCUGGUCCCGCGUACCAGACACAGGAUACUACAGAUACUAUUGCAAGGACUCCAAAGACUCGAGUACCGAGGUUAUGACUCCGCUGGUGUGGCUUUUGAUGAUUUGAAAGAAGGAGAAGAGCUCACACAAGUCAUAAGGAAGAAGGGUAAGGUCAGUUCUUUGAAUGACGAGGUCUUUGGACGUGAGGACAUUGACUGGGACUCAGUCCUUGAUACUCACGUUGGAAUAGCUCACACGAGGUGGGCAACACACGGAGUACCUAAUGAAGUGAAUUCACACCCACAACGCUCAGACUCAAAAAAUGAGUUUGUGGUUGUUCACAAUGGUAUCAUUACCAACUAUAAGGACAUUAAGAAGUUCUUGGUAAGUUUCUAAAUGAAUAAAAGAGACUGUCGUGGGUCAAUGUUGACAUUUUGGCCUAAUUUUGAAGAAUUCAAGAGACACUUGUAAUGAAAGAACUAAUUAGUGUCCAUUGCCAAACCCACAAACCUUCUCUAACCUUCU